AUGUCACAUAGAAAACUACGUAAUGUUCAACAGCCCUCGCCAUCAUUUCCAGCAAAAACAUCCAAUCAAUCAGAGAAAGAAAAGAAAGAUCAUAUUGCUUCUAUAACUCAAUUAUGGACAAUGCCUCGUGCUACUUUGUUAUUGAUAACACCAAUUCUCAUAUCAACAGUUCUCCAAGUCUCACCUCGUUAUGUAGAGCCUGUUUAUGGAAACGUUUUUUCAAAUUUAUAUUUUGAUAAUGGAGCUUCAACUUCAUUUAUUUUUGGUAUAUUGGUUGGAGUUGGAUUUUUGACCAAAAUCAAAACUUGUUUAUCGACAGUUCGUGACCAAAAAAUAACAAAUGCAAUAAUACUAGGAAUUGAUUAUUGUGGAUUAAUAUUUUCAUUUUCAACAUUAAUGGUUAAAUUACUAUUUAAAUUAAGUGGUCUACUAGGACCAUACAUAGGUCCACAUGUGACUCAACUUGGUUUAGCAUAUCCGAUCAUGUUUUCAUUGGGAUUUCUUAAUGCAAUUGUUUGUGCAAGGUUAUCUAGAGAACAACGACUAACAGUCAUUAGAUGGAUGCCUUAUGUUUUAAUGCACACUGCUAUCAUCCAAACACUUACCUAUGUUCUUUACAACGUUUAUACCGCGGGUAGAUCUUGUCAUCGUUUAAACUUUGCAGGUUUAUUGUUGGCAUUGAUAGGAGCCUUAUUUAAAAUUUUGAAUAUAUAUGGCAAGGUUAAUUUGGUUGAAGAUACGGCAGGUCAAAGAAAUAAUAUAUUUGAUAAUAUUUCAAGAUCGGCCAAAUUAAGAUCAUUAAGUAUCAUUUUAAUACCACAAUUUCUUGUGAUAAUAUUAGCAAUAUAUAAUUUUAAUUUUAAUCCACAUUGCAAUCCAAAUAUAAUUCAGAAUUUAACAAUAAAUGGUGCUGAAUAUAAAAUACUUGCACGCAAUGAAUCAAUUACUGGUUGGAUUAGUGUAAUUGAAACAAAUAAACCUUAUCAUAUGCGUGUAAUGCGUGCUGGCCAUUCAUUGUUAGGAGGAAUUUUUUUAAAUACUUUUGAUUCUGUUUAUGGAAGUUUUUACUUUAUGGAAGCUGUUCGAUUGGUUGAAAACAGAAAACGUAAUACCAAAGAGAGAGCUUUACAGAUUGGAUUGGGAAUUGGAGUUUCAUCAAAAUCGUUACAAUUACAUAAAGUAGCAUUAGAUAUAGUGGAAAUUGAUCCAGUAGUAUAUGAGUAUGCUAGAAAAUUUUUUGGAUUAAAACGUAAACACAAUAUUUAUAUUCAAGAUGGACGUGAAUUUAUUAAUAAUGCAAAUAGCCGAUAUUAUGAUUAUGUGUUGCAUGAUGUAUUUACUGGUGGUUCAGUUCCAUCUACACUAUUCUCAAUAGAAGCAUUAGGGCAAAUUAAAAGAAUUUUAAAGCAUGAUGGUGUGUUGGCUUUAAAUUUUGUUGGGUCUCAAAAAUGGCCACAUGUUAAAAGUUUAGUAUUAGUUGCAAAUACAAUUAAAGCAAUUUUCCCAUAUGUAAGGUGUUUCAGAGAAGGUUUACAAGAGGAUGGUUUUUUUCAGAAUAUGGUAUUUUUUGCAUCAAAUAAACCUAUAAAGUUUCGCCCCACAACAGAACUUGAUUAUUUAAAUAGUGCAAUGAGGGAAUCUAUGCUAGAACAAUUUACUAAUUGGCCAGUAAAUUUAGAUAAAUUUUCCAACAUAAAAGGUGUCAUAACAAGUCAGCAAAAUCCUUUGGAUGAUUUGCAACACUUGUCAGCUUUUGAACAUUGGAAUGUCAUGAGAAAUUUGUUUCCAUUGGAGGUUUGGAUAAAUUAUUGA